AUGUCUACAGACCAGGCAUUUUCAGAGGGUCAGGGUCAUGAGAAACCCCCAGGCACCCCUAGGUCAGAGCAAGACUGCAACUCUGAGAUGUGGCAUGUGAGCUUCAGAGCGUUCACCAGCUCGGAGAAGUCGGACCCCGUGGAGGAACUGAGGAGGCUCUGUGAGCUCUGCUACCUGUGGCUGAGGCCAGAUAUCCACACCAAGGAGCAGAUUCUGGACACGCUGGUGAUGGAGCAGUUUAUGAUCUCCAUGCCACAGGAGAUUCAGGCCCUAGUCAAGGAAAGUGGUGUGCGGAGCUGCAAAGACCUGCAGGACCUGCUGAGAAGCAAUCAGACCCCCAAGAAAUGGACCAUAGUCACCUUACAAGGACAGGAAUUUCUUGUGCAAAAUUCAGAUGCUCAGAUGGCCGAAGCUGAGGCCAGUGACAGUGACACAGACCUUGUGACAGAUUUGUCCAAGAAGCCCCAAUCCUCUGUAAGUGAGAUACAUCCAGAGGACAGCCAGAAAGUCAGAGAGCUGCAGACUCUGCCUGGAAUCAGUGAACUUUCAAGACAGCAGGGACAGAAUGUUCUCCUGCCCGAGACCAUUCCUGGAAAAGGUGUACUGGAGGGUCUGAGACCCAAGGAGAACUUGGAGAAGAAUCUGGAAGAUCUGGAAGAGACAAUACUGAAAUCCCAAGAGCCUCAGCUUCUGAAGGGUCAUGAUUCCAUGAGGGCAGAGGAUGAGAAGAAUCUCCAGGAAGGAAUCUGUGUUACAAAUAUGGAUGCUGACAUGCCUUCCACCCACAUUUCAGAGAGAGUAAUUUCUACUCAGAGUAGGAAAAGAAGAGAUUCUCAGAAAAGUCCAAGAAAUCCCAAAAGAAGAAAACAGAAGAACACCUCCGUUUCCCAAAAUGUGUCUCAAGAAGGGACCACAUAUUUGGACAAAGGAGAAUCCUCGGGACAACCAGCAUCAAACUCAGUUCAUCCUGUGGUGGAAAAAGUCACGGAAUCAAUGCCAAAUGCAUGCAGCAUAUGUAAGAAAAGAUUUCGUUAUAAAUCUCAGUUUUACAUUCACUGGAGGACACACACAGGAGAGAGGCCUUUUAAAUGUGAUAUCUGUUCUGGGGGUUUCAUGCAGCCUUCAGACCUCCGAGUCCACCAGCGAAUCCACACAGGUGAGAAGCCAUACUCUUGUGACCUCUGCCUCAAGACGUUCACUCAUGAUUCCACCCUUCGGAGUCACAGGAGAGUCCACACUAAGGAGAGGCCUUACCCAUGUGAAGACUGUGGGAAAGCUUUUAGCCACAAAGGAAACCUCAACGUUCACCGACGUACCCACUCCGGAAUAAAACCCUAUAUGUGCCAGGAGUGCAACUGUGCCUUUCGUCAGCUGGGAACUUUUAAACGCCACCAAAAAACACAUGCAAAAGUGAAUUCCUGA